AAUUUUAACAUAUUUGGGGGGGGGGUGAUUACUUUUUAAUAAAAAAAUAAGUGAUUACUUGGGUAUACUAAGUCGCUAUUUCCACAUGGCAAGUCAAGAUUUCAUGAAAACGUCAUUAUUCCGAGAUACUAAGUAAUUUUUUCACACACUGCUGCCAAAAACGGAGAAAGACUGGGGAAAAAAAAGUAGGCGCGACUUCUUUUCUCUCGUCAAUCUGGCGGGAUGGGUUUCCACGUAGAUUUAAUGUAGACCAGACUGCUGUUUUAAGCAAAAACGUCCAGAGUCUAGGCCGAAUGUACUUUUUAGGGAAAAGUAAGUGAUGGGCGUUCCGCAGGAGCUGUGCGCAAACCCAAACCAGCAGCCGACAGCUGGCUAACUUAGGUUAGCUUUCACUGCAGUCCAGCCCCUGAGGUGGAGACGGAGCUAGCCAAGUUUUUAAGCUAAAGUUUUAGCGACGAAGAAAGUGACAUGUCUAAAUUGUGUUUUUUCGCGAAAAUAAGAUGGCGAGUGAGGAAUUAGUUUCAUUUGGCCCCGAAUAACUUUUACUGGACGGUCGCCAUAGCGACUUUUUGUGCAAGGCGGCAGUAAGGACACUUUGUUUUAGCUGGUAAGCUAAAGCGCUGAUUAGCUAACGUUAGCUCAGAAAAAUCAAUGCAGCCGGCGGAGGCGGAGAGGAGUCAGGAGCGGUGGGAGACUGAGGACUAGGAACUUAGUAAGGAUUUUUUUUCUGACCUCCACUGUCGUAUUAAAUAUUUUCCAUGGAUUUAUUAUUCAAGCAAGCACUGAAAAAGCCUCCUUCACAACGCACAGCAGAGGACCUGAAUAACAUUUACUGUCACCUCUACCACAUGGAUGUCCUGUCUCACCUCAGGGAGCAUCAACUCAGGUCAAUGUGCACGACUGCCAGGUACGAGCGCUAUGAAGCUAACCACGUCCUGUUCUACCCGGAUAACAUUUCCACAUGCUGGUACAUACUGCUCUCGGGAUCCGUCUUCGUGAAGGAGCACAUGUAUUUGGCUCGAUGUUGCUUUGGCAGGCAGCGAGGGGGAAGACGAGGCUGUGAAUGCAUCACUUUGGAACCAUCAGAAAUGAUUGUGGUGGAGAACGCGAGCGAUGGCGAGGACGCGGCUCUGCAGAGAGAUGGUUCUCAGCGGCACUCGCGCCGACGCUUUCACAAAGUCAACCCACAAGGGGAGCGGGAGCUGAUUACGGACGGACAGGACCCGGCCAGCUCACCUACUCUUCCUGGAGACCUCAGCAAGAUGCACUUGACGGACCACCCCCAUCAGCAGGUGAUGCACAUGCCGCCCAGCCAAUCGGGAUGCAGCAUCGCCAGCGAUUCAGGAAGUAGCAGCCUGUCCGACAUCUACCAGGCCACAGAAAGUGAAAUGGGUGAUGUGGACCUGUCUGGCCUCCCCGAGGCCCCUGUGGACUCAGAGGACGAGGAAGAGGAGGAUGAGGACAUUGAGCGUGCCUCAGACCCUUUGCUAGGCAGGGACUUGGUGCGGGAGUGCCUGGAGAAGGAGCCAGCGGAUCGCAAUGAUGAUGACAUCGAGCAGCUCCUGGAGUUCAUGCAUCAGCUGCCUGCCUUUGCCAACAUGACCAUGUUGGUGAGGAGAGAGCUGUGUACAGUUAUGGUGUUUGAGGUAGUGGAGCAGGCUGCUACAGUCAUCUUGCAGGACAAGCAGGAGUUGGACCAGUGGUACGUGAUUUUGAAUGGUGCCGUCGAGAUAAGUCACGAAGACGGUCGGACUGAGAUUCUCUGCAUGGGGAACAGUUUUGGCAUUUCUGCCUCCUUGGACAAGCAGUACAUGAAUGGCGAGGUGCGCACCAAAAUGGAUGACUGCCAGUUCGUUUGCAUCGCCCAAGAGGACUACUGGCGCAUCCUUAACCAUGUGGAGAAGAACACACACAAGGUGGAGGAGGAGGGUGAGAUCGUCAUGGUGAAGGAACACCGUGAACUGGACCGCAGCGGCACCCGCAAGGGCCACAUUGUCAUCAAGGGCACUCCAGAGAGGUUGAUCAUGCACCUAGUGGAGGAGCCUUCCGUGGUGGACCCAACCUACAUUGAAGACUUUCUUCUUACCUACCGCACUUUCCUCUCCAGUCCCAUGGAAGUAGGAAAGAAGCUACUGGAAUGGUUUAAUAUGGACAGCCUCAGAGAUACGGUUACACGAAUAGUGUUGUUAUGGGUGAACAAUCAUUUUAAUGAUUUUGAAGGAAAUCCUUCUAUGACACAGUUCCUAGAGGACUUCGAGAGAUUGCUGGAUGAAACGAAAAUGAAGGGCCAUUUGCGGUUGCUGAACAUUGCCUGCGCCGCUAAAGCAAAGUGGCGGCAGGUCACCCUACAAAAGCCCUCCAGAGAGUCGCCGCUCCAUUUCAGCCUGCAGGGCGGCAGCGAGAGAGGCUUCGGCAUUUUCGUUGAAACUGUAGAGCAGGGUAGCAAAGCUGCAGAGGCCGGCUUGAAGCGUGGAGACCAGAUCAUGGAGAUCAAUGGUCAGAACUUUGAGAACAUCUCAUACACCAAAGCCAUGGACAUUCUGAAGAACAACACCCACCUCUCACUCACUGUAAAGACCAACAUCUUCGUUUUCAAAGAGCUCCAGAGCCGUAUCAGGCAUGAGAAAAAGAACGGCGGCCUCCACAUCCCGAAAAUCCAGGAGAAGAAGGGAAACCGCUUCUCCAUCGCUGAACUGCCGGGAGAUUUGGAGUUCCCCUCUGAUAGCAAGAGCCACAAGAAAAUGAAAGCCAAUACUGUGUCGGGCGGCCGCAACAAGAUCCGCAAAAUGUUGGAGAAGACCAGGUUCACCAUCCUGCCCCCCAAACCCUUCAGUGAUGGAGGUGUGGGACAGUCUCAGGAUGACAGCAUCGUGGGAACCAAGCAGUGCAGGCACAGCGUGGCAAUCAUGCCAAUCCCGGGCAGUCUGUCGUCCAGCAGCCCCGAUUUGCUGCAGCCAGCCACGAGUGUGCUUGACUUCUCCAACCCUACAGACAUUCCAGAUCAAGUGAUACGUGUUUUUAAAGCAGACCAGCAGAGCUGCUACAUCAUAAUCAGUAAAGAUACCACAGCCAAAGAUGUGGUCUCGCAUGUGGUCAACGAAUUUGGCCUCAUCGCUGCUCCCGAGACCUAUUCGCUGUGCGAGGUGUCCAUCAGUCCAGAAGGUGUCAUUAAACAGCGGCGGUUACCAGACCAGCUCUCCAAACUGGCUGACCGCAUCCAACUCAACGGCAGGUACUACCUGAAGAACAACAUGGAGACGGAGACAUUGUGCUCUGAUGAGGAUGCCCAGGAGCUGCUGAGGGAAAGCCAAAUCAGCCUACUCCAGCUCAGCACCGUGGAAGUUGCAGCCCAGCUCUCGAUGCGUGACUUUGGAAUCUUUCGGAACAUUGAGUCCACCGAGUACGUGGACAACCUCUUUAAGCUGGACCCUGGCAGUGGAGGCGGAGGCCACUUGAAGCAGUUUGAGGAGCUCAUCAACCAGGAGACCUUCUGGGUGGCCGCUGAAAUCCUCCGCGAGGCUAACACACUUAAACGGAUGAAGAUCAUUAAGCACUUCAUCAAGAUUGCGCUACACUGCCGUGAAUGCAAAAACUUCAACUCCAUGUUCGCCAUCAUCAGUGGCUUGAACCUUUCCCCAGUGUCCAGGCUACGAGGCACAUGGGAGAAGCUCCCCAGCAAGUAUGAGAAGUUGUUCCGUGACUUGCAGGAUAUUUUUGACCCAUCACGUAACAUGGCCAAAUACCGCAACGUCCUGAGCAGCCAAAGCGUACAGCCACCCAUCAUCCCGCUCUUCCCUGUAGUCAAGAAAGACCUCACAUUCCUGCAUGAAGGAAACGACUCCAUUGUGGACGGCUUGGUGAACUUCGAGAAGCUACGAAUGAUCGCCAAGGAGAUCCGCAAUGUUGUGCGCAUGACCUCCGCCAACAUGGACCCGGCACUCAUGUUCCGUCAGAGGAAGAAGAGGUGGAAGAGUUUAGGGUCCUUGAGCCAGGGCAGCACCAACUCCAAUCUGCUGGAUGUGCAGGGCGGCCAUAAGAAGCGCGUGCGACGCAGCUCAUUGCUCAAUGCCAAGAAGCUGUACGAAGACGCACAGAUGGCCCGAAAGGUGAAGCAGUACCUGGCUCAUCUACAGGUGGAAACAGAUGAGGAGAAGUUCCAGAUCAUGUCACUGCAGUGUGAGCCUGCCUAUAGCACCUUAUCUAAGAAUUUGAGUGAAAGGAGGUCGACCAAAUCAGACAUGUCUCCUGUGUCUAUGCGCUCCACUCCGUCCUCCGCCAAGUCGCAGAACCGCGUCUCUCAAGUACUACAGGUCCCGCCUGUCAGCCUCUACCCGCUGCGCAAGAAGAGCAUCGCUAAAGACCUGGCGGCCGCACACAACUCCAGCUCCCCACAGGUGGUGAAGAAAACAUCUAUCUCAACAGAGGAGUGCAGUGGAAAAAGGACUGAAGAUGCUACAUCCACUGUCUCUUCCCUUCACUCCAGCCCCACAGUGUCUCCACAGGGCUCUCCUCGCAAAGUAAACGCAGCCAAAUCACAAGACUCUGGUCAGCUGAACCUAUCAGGCUCCUCAUCGUCCCUGACCAGCGAGGCCAAUGCCAGGGCUGGAGGGAGCAGCACGGUGGGAGGCGGAGGCCGAAGCUACGGUAUAGCAGGCUAUGCUUUGAUGCCAUCAGGCAAGUCAGACCAGUCAGAUUCGAGCCACAGUGAGAUUUCCUCUCGCUCCAGCAUAGUGAGUAACUGCUCAGUGGACUCCAUGCCUGCAGGCCCUUCAGAAGAGCGAUGUGGGGGCAAAGCCAGCAGCCAGCCUGAGACAUCGCUACACACGCACCCUGCCUCAGACCACUGCCAGCCAUGCACAAGUUCAUCCUUGGUGAGGCACUCGGUGACCAGAGGUUCCACCUUCACUUCUUCCACCAGCACUGAGGAGCUCACUCCUGACCACACAUCUGUCUCGGAGGCUGCAGACAGUGGUCGUGGCAGCUGGACCUCUUGCUCCAGCAACUCCCACGACAACUUUCAGAGCCUUCAGGCUCAGAGGGCUUUGGACCUGAUGAACCACAGGCACCCUCCGAUGGGCGGCCCAAUCGCAGAGGUGGAGGCGGGGCCAGCCUGGCCAGAGGACCGGAUGACCAGCAGGAGGCAUUCCGGGGACAGCUCGGAUCUAAACCACUCCAGACAGAGCUGGGCUUCCUCCAGCUCGCUCUCUGACACUUAUGAGGGAAGCUAUGGCACCAUUAAGCGCAAAGCUGCGGAGCACUCGGGUCAGGGAGAGACCGCUAACGGACAGCAAAGCACAGACCCUGCGUAUAAAACAGUCACGUCAAGCACAGAGAAAGGACUCAUAGUGUACUGUGUUACCUCGCCCUGCAAGGACGAUAGGUACAGGGCUCCGCCCCCGACUCCUCCCGGCUACCAGGGCCUGGCCUUAGGCGAUGAGGGAGGAGCGCUGCGGCCGCCGCAUUUAAAGCCGCCCGACUAUAGCGUGGCCUUGCAAAGGUCCAAGCUGCUCCAGAGCCCUGGCACCCUGGCCGAUGCGCGAAGACUGGUGGCCGGUCAGCGUGGCUCCCUCGCACGGCCUCCCAGUGUAAUCCUCCAGGCUCUAGCAGAUAGCGAGGAGGAUGAGCAAGUGUCAGCGGUGUGACUCCAGCAGAACGUGGACAUGGGUCCACAGUGUGAGGACAACUCCAUAAGCUAAUGCCUUUCAUCUAGAGCACACUCCUCACCUCUCCACAGGCAGUGCCACAAAGACUUGUGCAAUCCCAGGCUGCUUUUUUUUCUUCUUCUUUUUGUGCCAUGUUGCAAUCAUUUUGAAGCGCUUUUUAACCGUCUUUCACAAAACUGCACACACUAAGACGAGGCUCCAUAGGAUAAUCUUUUCAUUUUGUAUGCUGUUCUGUGUGUUUUGCAGUACCUUGCUUUGGACCAAGUGGCAGUUUAUUCAUUUUUUGGCCGAUGAACAAAGAGUCUUGCAGAGUUUACAUUUUCAUUUCUAAUUUCUGAACAUGUGCAAGAGGAAUGAAAACAGAAUCUUGAAGAUUUGUGAAUGCAUCGCUAAGCGUGUCUGAAAACUUUUUUUGCUCAACUGUACCUCAUCAAAUGCUAAGCUCAAAGCGACUCCACCAAAAUUACAAUUUUCAGAAUUUAUUACGUAUCUUACACCUGGUAUUAACCGUCUUGAGGUGAUCUGACCAGAACUGGACAGCGAGGUGUAACUGGAUUUUGCAUGUGUCUUCUGAUCUGAUCAGAUUACUUGACUGGAGGAUGGAUGAACAAGUUCUUGUUUGUGUAUAUGUACAGGGCGUUAUUAAUGUUUGGACCGCAUGGACUGCUAACGUAACUUAUACACAAAUGCAGGAGGAGACGAAGAAAAAGAACUAUGCAGCUGCUGUGAUGACGCAGCUGAUCAGGUGGUCUUUCUGUUGAGGAUGCUUCAAAUGUUUUAUGAUGAUGUGCGUCUCUGACCACCCCCAGUGGUGGUUUGAUCGAUCAGGAAAUAAGUGAUCGGUGUAUCUCCCAGACACAUUGCACCCUGAGCACACCUGUACUUAGCACUGUCCACUUAUGAUCAGACCACUCAGGACGUACAGUACUGUGCAAAAGUCAGUUACAUCUUUUUCAAGAGACAUGCUUUCAGUUUUUCAAAGAGGUCUUCAAGGAUAUUUUUCUACACCUCCAAAGUUCAGUCUUAGAAGUUGGUUGCACUUUCUACUUCAAACAAUCCAAGCGAUCCCAAACACAUUCAGUGAUGUGGACAUCUGGGUGGUCAGUCCAUUGUUUUUGAGAGCAUCAGCAGCUUCUUUGUUUGCAAAUGUUCUUUUAUUUUUGUCCAUUUCCUUUUCUCAGUUACAGCUUCUUGACAGCUACACAUUCCUUUCAGGCCCACAGUCCAUAGCUGUCUUUUCACAGUGGAAGGAUGGACAGAAACAUUUGUAGAUUUUUUCAAAUCUGAAACAUGAGUGGGGCUUAAUUUUCUCUUCUCUCUCAAAGAUCAUAACUUGUAAUACUGUCUAUGUGGUGGUGACAGAUUUGCUGAUCUAUCAGCAUGUCUUUGCAUGAUUCUUAGGAGUCCCAUUUUCUCUAUAUUUGUAAUUAUUUUUCUUAUCUCCUGUUUUUUUUACUUACAAACCUAUGACUUUCCUCUUCCACAUGCAAUGGGAUAUCUAAGAUCUAGGACUUUUGCACAGUACUGUAUGUUACUGCCAAGUGUCAUAACUGAUGUGUAUCAGACCAGGACAGUUAGAUGUGUGUUCUCAUGGCAGUAUUGAUACAUUUCCAGGAGCUUAUACAAAUGUUAUUUCUCUAUUCAGAGAAGAGAGUUUUUGAAACCCCGUGAUUGCUCAGCAUGUGGUCUAGUUCCUGGAUGGAUGUUUACAUAAUGGAAAUAUACAAAGCCAAAUGUCAGCCUGUGUUUUGGGGCCAGUUCACUCCUGUCAGAACACGCAUUGCUUCUCUAAUUUUGUUAGAGAAUUCCUCACUUUGAAUGUGCAUCCUUACUUUGGAUUUGUAAGAAUGACUUGCUUUUUGUUGCCCUUCUUUAGUCUGACUUUGGAGUUAGAGUAAUACAGUAAUAGAAUUGGGCCUUUUUAACACUUGCGGAAAUAUCCUAAUCCAGCAAGCAGUAGCAGAACGUCUGGACUGAGAGGCAAAACGUCUGGAAAAUGUUCAGUUCUCGAGGAAUAUCACUUCAACAGCAUCUCAGGCUAUUGCGCAUGGCAUCACUUCACUCAGAUGCUCUAACUGCUUGGUAAUUCAGAGACCAAAAUUAUUAGGUACUUGUGUGGUGCACUGCUGUCUGUAUGUCCAAUAAACUGUGCUUUAUAAGAGUCAGUGAAGAUAAAAAAAAAGCUUAGUUGCUGUAAAAUAUUGAACAUUCGCUACUUAAUUGCAGCUGACUGUAAUGGCACUGUAGAAUCGUAAUACGUAUUAAAAUUAGGCAUGCAUCCAGAUCUAAAGGGCUUAGCUUUUAGACGCUGGCCUCUUCGAGUGUGUUUACAGUGAAUCCUUACAAUUUGUUUACAUUGUUGAUUGGAGCUAACUGUUGUCUAUGACAGAUGUUAAACUGAACUUGUUUUACUGUGCCAGGUUGAUGAGUUAUUUCUUUUUUUAAAGCAAUAAGAUUUCUGUAGAUGCAGCUUCUUUAACUGUUUUGUUGCCCACUUUAAAUGUACCUCAUGCGCUAUCUCAGCUGUAAAUGAUCAAUUCAGUCUGCCACUCGUUGCCGUUGUACAUAAUUCCAGAGAAAAACGAGUCUUGCUUGUCAAGGGAAAAUAUAUUUAUAUGCUAGUUGUGCAUUUUCAUUCCUUGUUAGUUGGACAUUUUGUAUAGUAUUUUAAAGAUACUGGUUUAAAUGUUGUUGCUUCCUGCAAGUAUAUAAAUAAUAAUUGUACAGUACAUUGUAACUAAACCUUAGUUAUCUAGGGUUCAGAUGUAGAGGCAUUGUAUUAUACCAAGGGAUACAACUGGAGUAUUACAUUUUUCAGAUUUUUUUUCCUUGUAUUUUUGUUGUUUUGCCAAGCAACGACUUGAAGAUGUUAAUGGUAAUAUAUAUAUGUAUAAAUAUAUUCAUAUAUGAAUUUUUACAUAUAUUUUUUGCUUUGUUGUAAAUUAAUGUUCCUGAUCAUGUAUAGUUGAAAAGAGAGCCCUCUAUAAAGUCUGUAUUUUGGAUAUUUUGUUAAAAUAAAAUCCAAGGUUAUGAUUGUCCCAACA